AUAUCGUUCACCAUCGACCAGAUCGUCGUCCUGCGCCAAGCUCCUUCUCCUUGAGUGUAGUACAUCGAUGCAGGACGAACGUGUCGAUGCCAGUGGCAGCGGCGGCGGCAGUGCCGCAGCUGCUGUUGCAGCGAGCAUCCCAACGCUUUCCUCGAUGGAGGAUGUCGUCGCGCUGAUCAACCAAACGUCUCCGUCGCCUUCCUCUGCCUCAGCAGCAGCAGCCGGACAACCUGUCUCGCCGCAUAUCCGCGAAACGCUGCUACCCGCGCUUCAGAAGCUCCUGCACUCGCCAAAGGGGCGCGGAGAGAGGGUGCUCCUGGGCGCACUGCAGGGUGGCGUCGACCCACUCUCGGCGCUCGAUUCGAAGAACCACACGUUGGGCAUCGCAUACAUCUUGGCAACGAGGUGCUUGAAUGCGCCAGAUGGGCCCGUGGCAAACGGCCUCGCCCCCCACGUCGAGAAGUUUGGGCUCCAGUUCAUGCCCGAGCAGCUCGUCGGCGCCGGAGAGAUUGUAACUAUGCUCGCAAAGGGCUUUGCUACAGUCGGCCAGCUCAUCGGCGACCCAAUGUGGGCUCUCAUCUCCAUCAGCCGCCUCUUUGACGGCUUCCGUGCGGCCCACGGUAACCUCAACAACUUCACCACGCUUCACCCCAUCUUUGUCUACCAAUGUCUGCGGACGAGACACUACAACAUGGCUGUCGAUUGGGUGCUCCAGCACGAGCUUACAGAUGCGAGUCGCGACGUGACACCUCUGAGCUACACGGACGUGCUCGAAUACUUCUACUAUGGCGGCCUGACCUUUGCCAAGCUGGGCAAUUUUGAGAAAGCCGUAGAGUUCUUCGAAGUCUGCGUCUCUUCACCUGCACAGCAAGCAUCGGCCAUCCAGAUUGACGCAUACAAGAAGCUGCUUCUCGUUCAGCUCAUCGCGCAUGGCAAGACAAGCAAGCUUCCUCGCUACACUUCUUCGUCGGUGACGAGGGCCAUCAAGGGCCAAAUUGCCCAUCUCGGCUUCUAUACCAGCCUCGUUGACGCAUACGAAGCCCGCUUUCUUCCUCAAAUGGACCGUGAUGGCGGUGUAGGCUCAGCAGGCCUGCAGCAACGGGAUCGGGUCAUUGGGGCGGCUAAUGCCGGCGCAGAAGCGUUCUCGAGGGACAUGAACGUCGGUCUCGUCCAGCAUGUCGUCUCCCUCCAUCGGCUGCGCCUGGUCAGACAGCUGGCCAACAGCUUCGAGACGUUGGCACUGGGUGAUAUUGCCAGGCUCGUCGGAGGGCUAGAGGCAGAUGUCGAGGAGGGCGAUGAAUUGCAGUCCGCAUCAAAGACCGCUCUCGAAGACAUCAGAGAGAUUGCUGCGAGAGGCUGGAUACAAGUGUCACUACAAGAGGCCAGUCCACUGUCGCGCUCGAUCGUCCGCUUUUCUCCAAUCGAAUUGUCAAAGUUCGACGGCUUAGACUCCAUCGAGCUGCUGACCAAAACGAUGAGCGAGGCCAAGCGUUGGGACCAGAUUGUCGAGGCCAGGGAGAGGGCUGUUGCGCGGAGCGAGGCAUUCUUGACGAAAGCGCAGGCGAAUGGGUCCAGUCGGGAUCGUUUCGGGGCAGGCGGCGGCGGUGGCGGCAUGUCCAUCGACGACUACGACGAGGAUGAGUCUUUCAGCUAGACCAACCGUAGAGAGAGGCAUUACUUCCUUGGCAGACUUUACACACACGUAUACACAACAACGCCGAUGUACCCUGCGCUGCUCUCACGUUCAGCCGUGGGGUCUAUGGAAUCGUGGUCCCUGCAAUGGUCAAAUGAAAAGCGAUCAAUCUCUUCAG